AUGGAUGUUAUUGAACCGAUUGAGCAUGCUGCCUCCAAUGGUCAUAGGUACGUUUUGGUCGCCAUUGAUUACUUCACAGAGUGGGCCAAAGAUGCUUCCUACAAAGCUAUAUGUGAACAAUUCAAAAUCACCCCCCGUAAUUCAACUGCAUAUCGUCCUCAAAUGAAUGGAGUUGUGGAAGCUACCACUAAGAACAUCAAGAGGAUAUUGAGAAAGAUAAUUGACAACUACAAAUGUUGGCAUGAAAAUUUGCCUUAUGCCUUGGUAGGUUAUUGCACUACAAUUCAAACCUCAACUGGAGCAACUCCAUAUCUAUUAGUAUACGGAACAGAGGCAGUGAUUCCAACUGAAGUUGAGAUACCAUCUUUGAGGAUUAUUCAAAAAUAUGAAUUGAGCGAUGCCGAACGGAUUCGUGAUCAAUAUGAACAAUGUACAUUAACUGAUGAGAAAAAAUGA